GCUGUAAGCUGUAACGCGCGUUACUCCAUGAAGAUUCCAUUAGCAGACUUUGCUUUUAUUUCUUUGAAACGCAGAUCUAAUCUCCUCUUCCUCUUUUCAUUCCUCCAUCUAAUUCUAUGGUAUUCAGCAAUCCAUCACUUCUCUUCUAUUCUCCUAUUCGCUUUCUCUCUCAGCUUCAAUGUGUUCAUGAAGUCAUUGCACUAUUCAAUAUAAUGACCUGACCUCAUCAAAUUUUACGCUAUUGCGUUUGCAGGCUCAACACUAACUCAUAGGUAUAAUUCACAUUCACUUAGCUACCUAGUAGACUCUUAGAAGAUCAUGUCAAGGAGGCAAGUAAGCUCUACUCGCCGAUUUGUCGACACCGGCAACUUCCCUUUAGCCGGGGCAUUACAUUCUAAAUCGCGCUCUUCUCCUUUGUUGUCUGUUGGCCUCAUCCUUCUGGGUGCAUUCCUUCUUAUUGCCUAUGCUUACAGUGGCCAUGGCAUAUUUGGAGGCAACAGAGAGGGUCUUAGCAAGAUUGAAGGUGACUUUUCAUGCACAUUAGAAGUUCAGAGAGCAAUACCCAUUUUAAAGAAAGCAUAUGGCGACAGCAUGCACAAAGUUUUGCAUGUGGGCCCUGAUACAUGUUCAGUGGUCUCUCAACUGUUGAAAGAAGAAGAAACUGAAGUUUGGGGUGUUGAACCAUAUGAUAUAGAGGAUGCAGAUGCAAAAUGCAAGAGUGCUAUUCGCAAGGGCAUUGUCCGUGUAGCUGAUAUUAAGUUCCCUCUGCCCUACAGGGCCAAUUCAUUUUCUCUUGUUAUUGUGUCAGACGCACUUGAUUACCUGUCUCCAAAAUACCUGAACAGGACUCUGCCAGAAUUGGCGAGGGUGGCUUCUGAUGGUCUUGUUAUUUUUGCAGGUUACCCUGGUCAGCAGCGGGCUAAAGUUGCAGAGUUGUCUAAAUUUGGAAAGCCGGCCAAAAUGAGGAGCUCGUCUUGGUGGAUUCGCUUUUUUGUACAGACAAGCUUAGAAGAAAAUGAAGCUGCUUUCAAGAAGUUUGAGCAGGCUGCAUCCAAGAGGUCAUACAAACCAGCCUGUCAAGUGUUCCACUUGAACCCAUACCACUAAUCAUUAAUGUGAGAAUUUACCAAAUCAAGAUUUUUACAGUUUUUUUUAUUGGUCAUGCAACUAAGCCAAUAUAUAUAUAGAGCUGUCGUAUAAGAUCCAGAUAGAUAACUUGGUAAAAGAGAAGUUGAUAUCACUCUGCUGUGCACUCAACAAUUUAUUGGGAAAUGUUUAUUACUUUAAUUGAUGAAACAUAUUAUAUAGUUUGUUUCUUUCA